GCAUGGAGCCCCCGCCCCCCGGAGCUGCCAACACCGCCGGUGCGCUACGCACAGCUUCUUGGCUCUGAGCCAUCUGCCCUCCAGGUACCCCUGGGAUGGCGUGAGCGCUUCCCCAGCGAUGGACCCCUCUGUGACGCUGUGGCAGUUUCUGCUGCAGCUGCUGAGAGAACAAGGCAACGGCCACAUCAUCUCCUGGACUUCACGGGAUGGUGGUGAGUUUAAGUUGGUGGAUGCCGAGGAGGUGGCCCGGUUGUGGGGGCUGCGCAAGAACAAGACCAACAUGAAUUACGACAAGCUCAGCCGGGCUUUGCGGUACUACUAUGAUAAGAACAUCAUCCGCAAAGUGAGUGGCCAGAAGUUCGUCUACAAGUUUGUGUCCUAUCCUGAGGUCGCAGGGUGCUCUGCUGAGGACUGCCCACCCCAGCCCGAGGUGUCUAUCACUUCCACUAUGGCAAAUAUGGCCCCCACUGCUGUACAUGCUGUCCCUGGGGACACUGUCUCUGGGAAGCCAGGCACACCCAAGGGUGCAGGAAUGGCAGGCCCAGGUGGCUUGGCGCGAAGCAGCCGGAAUGAGUACAUGCGCUCGGGCCUCUAUUCCACCUUCACCAUCCAGUCCCUGCAGCCGCAGCCACAGCCACCCCUGCAGCCACGGCCCAUUUCAGUGCUUCCCAACACUGCCCCGGCAGGAGCAGCAGUGCCUCACUCAGGGAGCAAGAGCACCAGUCCUAGCCCCUUGGAGGCCUGCCUGGAGACUGAGGAGGCUGGCCUGCCCCUCCAGGUCAUUCUGACCCCGCCAGAGGCCCCGAACCCUAAGUCAGAAGAGCUGAAGGUGGAGCCGGGGUUGGGCCGGCCACUGCCCCCAGAAGUGAAAGUAGAAGGGCCCAAGGAGGAGUUGGACGCGGCAGCCAGAGGGGAGGCAGGGUUUGUGCCGGAAGCCGUUAAGGCCGAGCCGGAAGUCCCUCCUGCGGAGGGCCUGCCGGCCCGGCUGCCCACAGUUGUUAUGGAGGGUGCAGUGCCGGUGGGUGGCCUCGGGGCUUCCACAGCUUCCAGCACGGAGAUCGCCCAGCCUCAGAAGGGCCGGAAGCCCCGGGACCUGGAGCUUCCACUCAGCCCUAGCCUGCUGAGUGGGCCAGGGCCCGAACGGACUCCAGGAUCAGGAACUGGCUCCAGUAUGCAGGCACCGGGGCCAGCGUUAACGCCAUCCCUGCUACCUACGCACACAUUGACUCCGGUGCUGCUGACGCCCAGCUCGCUGCCCCCCAGCAUUCACUUUUGGAGCACCCUGAGUCCCAUUGCACCCCGUAGCCCUGCCAAGCUCUCCUUCCAGUUUCCAUCCAGUGGCAGCGCCCAGGUGCACAUCCCUUCCAUCAGCGUGGAUGGCCUCUCAACCCCCGUGGUGCUCUCCCCAGGGCCCCAGAAGCCAUGACUACCACUACCACCCCAUUCUGGGGUCAUUCACGCCCUGAACUUCUCUCCAGCCAGCUGUCUCAAGGAGAAACAUAGUUUAACUGACAGACACGUGCUCUUGUCAUCGUUGGGUGGGGAUUCUUAGGAAGAAGGAUCUCAAUUACUCUUCCGCAGAAAACAUACUUCCCUUUUCUUGGUCAAUCCCCCAGUGGCCGCCCUUACACGUCUCCUACCACAGUGCUGGGGAUGGUUUAUUUAUUUAUUUUUUGAAGGCCACUGGGAGGAGCCUGGCCCAACCCUGGGUGGUAAGGAUAUCUUCCCCAGCUCCACAUUUUUCCCCCAAGAUGAGACAAUCAGGGUCUGGCUUGAGAAGGACCUUUAUUUAUUUCUCAGUCUGUCUUUGGGGAGCUGAGGGAGCCCUGUCUCCAUUUUAGGGUGUGGGUAGAAGAGCUAGUUUGUCGUGGUUUCUUAUUCCUGGCUAUCCCCAAGGGUCCAGGAAGAAUUUGUGCUGUUUAACAGUUGGAAGUCUUGGCCAAGGCAGUCUCACACCCUUGGGAUAGAAAUUCCCACCCACCCCAGCCUUUCAGACAGCCUGUCCUUUGUCAGCUAUCUUUUUGGCCAGGGAUGAAUGCCCCUUUUGUUCUACUCCCCUUGAGAAGCCAUGCCUGUAUCUGCCAAACUCCUUGGAGUCCUGCCUCUUACCUCCCAUUGGAGCAUUUUUGGGAGAAGUGGUCCCCGUCUGGGGGGCCCCUCUGGCCAGAACUCCAGGUCUCCCUGUCCCCCACCCCCUGCCAUUUUGAUAGUAUAAUCUAUUUUUAAACAGGGCUUUUCAACAGGGGAGAGGGGGACAUCUCUUCCUAUAUCUGAGGUGGGGUGGGUGGGAAGGAAGGGGUUUGGGGGGGUGGGAAUCUUCCUGCUGCCCCCAAGUGUUUAUUUUUGAUACCAAAUGUGUAUUUUCAGCUCCCUCCCUCCCAGCCCCCCAAUUUCCUGCGGGCGGGUACAAAGGACCUUUAAGAGUCCCUGGAGUUGGGAGGGAGGAAUGGGGGACAUAAAGCCUGUCCUAUCUGAAGUCCAGGCUGGAGAGGGUGGGUUCAAAAGACUCCUGGGCUCACCUCCUCUCAGCACCAGCCCAGCCCAGGCCUGAGGACCUGGGGGUUGGUGAUUUAGGGGACAGUACAAUACCUGUCUCCACUGUUUGUUUUAUUUCCCCCCAAAAUGGAUCUUUUUUUCUAAGAGUCCCAGAGAAUGGGGAAUUGUUCCUGUAAAUAUAUAUUUUUAAAGGUGA